AUUUAAUGUUAAAAAAGCUUCUUUCCCAAUCGCCGUUUAAAAUUGGAAAGUUAUAUAUACAGCGUGUUCGCGCCAACCACCCUGUAUGUGUAUAUAUCCGCGUUACUGACCCAGAUUUGAACGAAAAGGUCACUGUUAAGAGACAAAGAUGGCCUUCGUGAUUAGGUAACACGAUUAGGAGGUUUAAUUAAUUCCAAGUGGUUUAAGUUUCGGUGGAAAAACGGUUGCGAAAUGGCGGCGAUUUGUCACAAGAUGGACGAAGAAAGAUUCUGUUCAAGGACACCGAUCGGCCGACUUUAAGCAAUGAGAGUGAAAGUGCAUCGGCUGUUACAUGAGAUGAAAUUAUAUUCAUCGUUUCUUCAGGUCGCAUCGCUGUCAUCCUAAUCGGAGUAUUUACCUUGGCCAUGGGCAUUAUCUUAUCGUCAAUCCCAUGGGUGGACUACCUCAUUUUAAAAAAUUUGAAAUUGUGGAACGGCUCACUGAGCUUCCAAUACUGGCAAAAGCCUGGAGUAAUUCGCCUCACAAAAGUCUACAUUUUCAACGUCACAAACCCUGACAGUUUUCUAAAUUUAGGGGAAAAACCAAAACUGCAAGAAGUCGGCCCUUUUGUCUACAGAGAAGACAUGGAAAAGGUCAAUAUCAAGUUCCACGAUAACGGCACACUAACGUAUCAGCACAAAAAAAUCCUACAAUUUGUACCUGAAUUAUCCGUUGAUAAGGACCAGAAGAUCACUGUUCCCAACAUUCCGCUUCUGACCUUAUCGACCCAAUCUAACUCUCUCAGUUACUUCGUCCAACGAACAAUUUCUUUCCUGUUAAGUGUACGAGGUUUCAAACCCUUCGUCACAAUAACAGCAGAUGAGCUAGUCUUCGGCUACGACGACACUCUAGUCUCGCUAGCCCACCAGUUUUAUCCGAAACGAAAACGCCCAAUGUCCAAAAUGGGGCUUUUAAUCAACAGAAAUGGAACCUUGAAUGAGGUCCAUAACAUAUAUACAGGGAUGACCGGAAUGCAAAAUUUCGGCUACUUGGAGAAGCUCAACGGAGUCGACAAGUUGCCCUACUGGCAGGAGUCACCCUGUAACAUCAUAAGGGCCAGCGAAGGGUCCUUUUUCCCGCCCAGAUACUAUACCAAGUCCGAUGUUGUCAAUAUUUAUGACAAGGAUUUGUGCAGAACCAUGCCCUUGCAGUACAGGGGGCCAGUCACAAAACAUGGAAUCAGCGCUGAUUUGUACACCCCGGCUGAUAGCAUGUUCGAGACUGUGAUGAAAGAGCCCAACAACAAAUGUUACUGCCCCAACAACGAGUUUUGCCCCCCAAAAGGUCUCCAAAACAUCAGCCCUUGUCAAUUCGAUGCCCCGGUUUAUUUAUCGUUCCCGCACUUUUUCGAAGCCGAUCCAACGCUAAUUGAGCCUUUUGAAGGCCUGAAUCCAGUCAAAGAGAAGCACCAGUCCUAUUUUAAAAUCCAACCGCGUCUGGGGGUGCCAAUUGAGGGCAAAGUGCGUUUGCAGCUCAAUUUGAAAGUGGACCAAGCACCCCAGGUGGCCCCCGUGUCGAAAUUCCCCAGUAUCAUGUACCCCAUCAUGUGGCUUGAGGAGGGUAUUGAUGACUUGACGCCCCCCAUCAGACGCUGGAUUUACCUCGCAACGACUUUUGCCGAUGUUGCGUGCCCCCUUAUGACCUACGGGUUCAUUUUUCUAGGGACUUGUAUUUUGAUCGGUGUGUUUAUAAACGCGUACAAAUCACUUGUUUUUACGAAGGAAACCAUCGAGAUCGGGAUGAAGACGCUGAGGAAGCGAGGGAGUGGUUAUUUGGCCGUGGCAAGGCCUAAACUGAUCAAAAGAGACACGUAUACACUGCUCGAUUUGAACGAAGGAUUGGACGAGAUUGAUAUAUGAGUGCGAGUUGUAGUUCUGGUCAAUUGUGAUUGUAGAAAAUUGAACUCUGCCGAAUUGCUCAAAUUGUGAUUCUUGUGAUAAUUUUUGGUGCAAUAAUUUAUUUUUUGAAUUGCCAAACGUUGACUAGGUUUAGGUGUAGUGGCGGAUGAUUGCGGGAUUGAAAUUGGUGCCUUUUAUCAGAUGAGUCAUCACACAAACUUUGAUUUUUGCUCAGUUAGGUCUAGGAGAGCCAGUUUUAUAAUGAAAUGUACUUUUUUAAUAAAAUACUUAAACUUGG